GACUUCUGGACAAUGAGGCUUUCAUUUGUAAAAGCAAAUGGUACCCAUGAGUAAAUCAGCCGACCAUCUUCGAUAUCUGGUGGUAUUCCUCACCGGGUGAACCCGAUGAGAUAUUAUUAUCUUCGAAUGAGCUAGAGCCUAGCGCGCAACUCACGCGCGAACAUAUCGCAGGCAUGUUGUUUCAUGAAUCAUCACGUACCAUUGAUCUAGCGCUUCAAAUGGCCGGUUCCCAGCGACAGGGUAAUUCACUAAAUAAGUUAAUUCUUCUGACAAGAGCGCCUUGAUAUAUCCCCUAGACCUGCGUCGUUCUAAAUCCAACUCCCCUUUCUGAAAUUCUGCGACUACGGUACUCUUUUACAUUCAUGGCGUGCGCACCCAGCACAGUUCCACUAAACUUCAUCGUCUUCGGUGAAAUGGGCGUAGGGAAGAGCUCGUUGAUCAAUCUCGUUGCUGGGCAGACAGUGGCCAAAUCUUCUUCCGGUUUAAAAUCCUGCACUCUCGAAUCAACCGAGUACACGAUCACAUCAUCUGAACUCCAGCUUAAUGUCAGAUUAUUUGAUACAGUGGGGCUGAAUAACGUCACAAUGAAUGACAAGAGUUAUCUAGAUGCGCUAGUGAAGGCGCAUAAACUCAUCGCCUCCCUCCAAGACCAAGGAGGUGUACACGGGUUGCUCUUCUGCAUCAAGGGCGGUAACAGAAUACUAGAGUCUACGCAGCAGAACUACAGGCUGUUCCACGAAUUCCUGUGCCAGGAAAAGGUGCCCCUUGCACUAGUCAUUACCAACCUCGAGAAUGAAGAGAACAUGGAUGACUGGUGGACGAAUAACCAACAGGAGAUUAAGCAGUAUGGAAUAGCCCCCGUCACGCAGGUCUGCAUAACCACCAUCAAGGGCCUCAGAAACACGUUCGAAGACAAAUACUGGGAAUCUAGGAAAAAAGUAUGGGAUAUGUUGGCCACGCUUGCCAAGGGGGAUGCGUGCGCGGUGGAUAUUAACUGGUUCGCGCGCAUGUGCAAGCGGUUGCAGCAGUUUUUCAUCCCAGGCAAGGCGUUAGGGAAGAGUCGUGAAAAGAUGAUGAAGACGCUCACGACGCGUUGCAAGCUGCCUAGGCAAGAUGCGGUGCAGCUUCUUCGAAGGAUUGAAUGGGACGAGAACUAGUGGCUUGACUGCAGCAUUUGUAUUCUAUUGAACACCAUACCCAUAGGCUAUCCGAUACCUAGUACAUCCAAUUAUCUAGCAUGCUGUCAUACGUACACCUCGUCUCGCUAUCAAUCGGCUCUGCUCACAAACGCUUCA